ACACAUUUUGCAAGCCGGACUCAUUCUGUGUCAACACACCGGCUUCUACCAUGGUUUGUUUGAGAAUGUAAGACUGAGGAGUCGCUGUGACCAGGGUCAGGAUGGACCGAAGCAGUGAGUUUUUCUUUUUCCUGUUGUCCAUUAUCCCUGCCGCCACUUGAGCUCCCUUUAUGAUGCUAGUUUGCGAAGCCCGAGCUAAUAUCCCUCACGCUUAUCUGAUCGCUGCUCCCAGUCAACAGGGCGAACAUUGUUGUUGUCAUUUAACAUGAGGAUUAUAGCACUUUUCGCAACAGUAAAUACAAAUAUGUAAGUAAAUUCCGUGUAUUAUUUACAACGUUAAGCAAGAAAACUGAAAGAUGAGUGGCUGGUACUGUGAGGAAUGUGACAUACUUUAUCAUAUUGUGUGUAAUAAAACAAUGUAGCUCGGAAUUUCGACGAGAAGUGCCGCUGGCUGUGGCUCACAUGAUUGUCUGAUGAUGAAGUGGAAGUGUUUUGGACAUGCAGUUUUUAGCAACCACAAACCAACAGUCAAGCUGUCUUCAGUUCUCGUUGAACAAAAGUUACAUUACAUUAUUUGCUACUGCCUAUAAGUAAUUUGGAAUCCAUACAAUACAUGUUGUCAAUCGAAUCAUUGUCGAUGAGAAACCUUUUUUGUUUUCAAUCAAAACAAAUAUCAAUCUGUGUGGGAUAUAGGAGUGGCCCAUUGUAAAUAUUGAUACAGUAUUGCUCCUUCAGUCCAUUCAAAGCUGACAUUUGUUUUUGUACUUGGCUGAGCACUGCCUUUUUUUCCCAAGUGCCUGUCUGAUGUUUCACUGAAAUGACCAUGUCACGUUUAUGUGUGGUCUGCUUUGGCUUCUCAUUUCCCCUUUUGAACACGUAAAGACACUUCAGAUUUACGAGACAUCAUGUUUUUUUGUUAUUUGGAAGAAGAUAAGGUGUUUGUUUGAAGGCUAUCAAACUCCUUUAAAUGUUCAUUCUUAAAAGAGAUUCAUCCCCCCUUUUUUGCCAGUUUGUAUUACAUCUGAUGUUCAUGUUAUUAACAUUCUAAAACUAGCAAUGGCAAUUCUUGGGGGCGUUAAAUUGACACCCCUGAAGGUAGACUGAUGUUUGAGUCCACAGGAAGUUUUAAGUUUGUCCAGGCACUGAACAAACUGUGGUUCUGUCUUGCAGCUCACCCUUAAAAUAGUGCUUUUGAAUGUCACAUUCAAGCUCACAAAACAAGCCUUGAUAAACAAUGCAACUGUCCUACAAUGAUAGGUAUAUGUUGACUGUUCCCAGAUAUCUCACAGAACAGUAAUGUUAUCUCUGUUCAUCUGUUUGUUGUUCGUGUUCCUGCAAAACUAUUUGAAUUAAAACUAUCCAGUUCAAUGAGUGUUAUCAGGAAUUAUUUCUUUUUAAAUUAAAUUCUAAGUUUAAAAAAAAAACAACUUUAUUUUGAGUACAUUUAUGAUCGCAGUUGAAAAGGUCAAAAGAACAAGUGUUGCAGUUAAAGAUAAGCGAAAUUAGAUUUCACAUUUCGAUGACCUCCUCUUUUUAAAGGAUCUGUCUCAUCUUGGUCUUCCAAGUCAAAACACUCUGGAUACGCCCUUUAUUGUCAAUAAGGAACAAUCGAGCGCCGCGCGCUGGAACUCUCUGUUGCUGGAAGCGUUUGGAAGCCUGUUCCACAACUCCUCAGGUGUCUCAUGGGAAGCGAACCCUCGCCAGGUGGAAUCGCCAUUAAAAUGCACUUUGUCGCAGUGGAUUGUUAAUUCGCUGAACUGCCAUCGACGGGAGCGUUGUGGAUCUGCAGAGUGGACUCCCCUCACCCAAUCUGCACAACCCCCUGUUCAGUCCUGACUGUCACAUGGAUGUACAGGGGUACAAGUGGGUGCAAUGGCGUGUUUGGAUGUGCCGUCUUGCAGCACUGCUGUCCCUAGGCACACUGCUGAUCAUUUUCCACUGGCGGCCGCGACUGGCCGUCCGUGCUCGCUGCUGCUCCUGUCCACCAGCUCUGGCCAACAUUCUGCUCAUUAGAGAUAGUUUUGGUCGACAGCAUGUGGUCGAGGUCCAAAUCAAGGAGAUAGAGGAGGGAAGUUUGGAAAUUUCGGGGGACCAUGGUGACACUGAAUGGCGAGACACAGUCCAGCUGAACAGAGAGGAUAAAACUCUGCUGCGCUACUACAUUCACGAAGGGAUGCGCUACGUCUGGUUAGAUCGCAAGGGAGCUUUCUGCUGCGUCAGUGUCCUCAAUGAGGACUGGACCUGCGAGGACCUGCACAGCUUCCAAAGAGGUUUGAGUCAUCUCGAGCAGAGCUUGAGGAGACAAGUUCAUGGCCCCAACCUCAUUGACGUUCCUGUGAAGUCAUACCUAAAGCUGCUCUUUGAAGAGGUCCUGAACCCGUUUUAUGUGUUCCAGAUCUUCAGCAUCACAUUAUGGAGCUUUGAUAAUUAUUAUUAUUACGCCUCCUGUAUAUUUAUCAUCUCAGUUCUCUCCAUUAGCAUCUCACUUUAUGAGAUACGAAAGCAAAGUGUGACUCUCCACAACAUGGCCCGUUUGAUCACAAAUGUCGUGGUGCGCAGCGACUCAGGAGUGGAGCAGAGCGUGAGCUCCGUCGAGCUCGUGCCAGGCGACUGCAUCAUCAUUCCUCAAGACGGACUUCUGCUGGCGUGUGAUGCUGCCCUGCUGAGCGGGGAGUGUCUUGUCAACGAAAGCAUGCUCACAGGGGAAAGUGUCCCAGUGCUGAAAACUCCGCUGCCGACGAGCGAAUGCAGGUAUAGCUCUGAGACUGAGCGUCGCCACACGCUCUUCUGUGGGACUCAAGUCAUUCAGGCCAAAGGAGGAGAACUAGGAGGAGCUAUUGCCAUAGUAACAAGAACAGGCUUCCUGACAGCCAAAGGAAACUUGAUCAGCUCCAUCUUGUAUCCUCAACCAAGCAACUUCCGCUUCUAUCGAGAUUCCAUGAAGUUUCUGCUCGUCUUGGGCUUUUUUGCAUUGAUUGGAACGCUUUACAGCUUUGUGACCUUCUACAGAGAUCAUGCAUCCUGGCGGGAGGUGUUGUUUAAAAGCCUGGACAUCGUCACCAUCGCUGUGCCUCCUGCUCUGCCUGCUGCCCUCACCACCGGUACCAUAUAUGCCCAGAGACGGCUGAAAAAGCAGGGCGUAUUCUGCAUCAGCCCACCACGCAUCAACGUGUCCGGAAAGGUGUCAGUGUUCUGCUUUGAUAAGACUGGAACUCUGACGGAGGAAGGUCUGGAUGUGUGGGGGGUGAUGGAGGCCGGACCUCUAGGCUUCUCAGAUCUGGUCUCAGACCCCAGACUCCUUCCUGCUGGGCCCACGUUGUCUGGACUGGCCUGCUGUCACACGGUGACCCUGCUGAGAGGUCAGCCACUGGGAGACCCCCUGGAGUUGAAGAUGGUGGAGUCCACCGGCUGGACUCUUCAGGAGCCGGAGGGAAAUGGAAAAAUGUUUCAUGAAGAGUUUGGGGGUCACAGAGUGUUAGCUGUGAUGAGACCAAGCAAACCCCUUCAACACACAAGUUCCAGCGAGGCAGUGGCGAUCGUUCAGAGGUUUCCCUUUUCCUCGGCCCUACAGAGGAUGAGUGUGGUGACUGUGACUAGCAGAGGUCGCUCUGCUGUCGCGUUUAUGAAAGGCUCCCCGGAGAUGGUGGCCAGCCUCUGCCUGCAAAGCACAGUGCCGCCACAAUUCUCAAGCGUGUUGAGGAACUUUGCCAGCGAGGGUCUCCGAGUUCUCGCUCUUGCUUGUCGAGAACUGGACAACAGCAGUGACCUGACCGCCAUCGAACGGGUGGAAGUGGAGAAAGACAUGAAGUUUGUGGGCCUCCUGAUGAUGAAGAACUUGGUCAAACCGGAGAGUGCUGAGGUCAUCAACGUCCUCAGAUUGGCACAGCUGCGCACUGUCAUGGUGACUGGCGACAACAUAUUAACGGCCAUCAAUGUUGCCAAGAACUGUGGAAUGGUUGGGCCUGACGAGAAGGUGGUGUUUGUCAGUGCCACGUCACAAACUGCCCAGUCAGUGCCUACUCUGAAGUUCAGCCUGGAGGACGCAGGGUCUCCUGCCACUCAGGGUUCUGUAGAAAUCUUUACACAGGUCGGUCACUCUCUCUUCUAUUACAAUAAUACAAUAAGCGGACUCAUUCAACACAUUUCUCCACAGCAUCUCUACCAGGGAGGCUAUGGAUACCACCUGGCGAUCAAUGGGAAGUCCUUUGCGGCACUCUGUGAUCACUUCCCAGAACACCUGCCAAAGGUUUUGAUGAGAGCUACAGUUUUUGCUCGAAUGGCUCCGGACCAGAAGACCCAGCUGGUGAAGGAGCUGCAAAACCUGAAUUACUGUGUGGGCAUGUGUGGAGACGGAGCCAACGACUGCGGCGCUCUCCGAGCUGCUGACGUUGGCGUUUCUCUGUCUGAAGCUGAAGCGUCUGUAGCGUCACCUUUUACCUCCAAAACUGAAAACAUCAGCUGUGUCCCACUGCUCAUCAGAGAAGGCCGGUGUGCCCUGGUCACCUCGUUCAGUCUCUUCCGCUACAUGGCCAUGUACAGUCUGAUCCAGUUCAGCUCUGUGCUCAUCCUCUACUCGGAAAGAACUUCUCUGGCCGACUUCCAGUUUCUCUACUGUGACAUCGUCCUGGUAACUCUGCUGGCCAUCGUAAUGGGACAAGGAGGUCCCAGCAAAGAGCUCUCCGCUCGCAGACCACCGGCCAGUCUGCUGGCGCUGCCCGUCCUGGGAAGCAUCGUCAUCCACACCUCGAUGAUUUUAACUGCUCAGCUGGGCUCACUCUUCUUGAUCACCUCGCAGGACUGGUAUGUUCCUCUGAAUUCCACCGUGCUUGGAGCAGAGAACCUUCCUAAUAUGGAGAACACAGGCGUGUUCACUGUGUCAGGGUUCCAGUACAUCUUCAUAGCCGUCGUGGUCACCAAAGGAUACCCUCAUAAGAAACCGCUUUAUAACACUGUGAUUUUCCUGGUCUUCCUCAUUGUCCUGUUUGGGAUAAUGACUUGGCUGGCUCUGUAUCCCGGUUCAUUUUUCCGGUGGGUGCUUGAACUUUCCGACAUCACCGAUUUUGAUUUCAAGCUGCUGUUGGUCGCGCUGGCUGCUCUGAACUUCCUCGUUUGUUUUGUGCUGGAGGUUCUGAUCGACAUGGGGAUGCUAAACGUUUUCCGCUGUCGACGGAGUCGUCCGUCGAAGAAAGCGUACAAGCGUCUGAACACUCAGCUGUCUGACUCGCCCUCGUGGCCGCCCCUCAAUCAAACCCUGAUCCCCUCACAGCACACAGUCAUCAACUUAAGCUAGCACCAGCUACUUCCUCUUCCUCCCUGAGAAAUCUAUAGUGCAGGAUGGAAUUGUUUCAACUUGAAGCUUUUUUUUUUAAACGUGCGUGUGUGUGUGUGAUAAAGUGAAGCAGGCUGAAAAUUGUGACUGAUUUUUUUAUUAAAUCUGUUUUGACAGGCAGUAUACCAAUGACUCGG